UAAACUUUCAGGUGAUGGUGUUUCAACGUAUCAGUGACCAUUGUUCUUCUAGGUGUUUGAGAUUGUGUGUGUGUGUGUGUGUGUGUGUGUGUGUGUGUGUGUAUAUAUAUGGGAAUGUGCAUCAUGAAGGUGGUUGGAUGUAGUGCAAAUAAAUUGGGCUGCUGUAUCCUGGAUGGUGUCAAGCUUCGCAAAUGUGGUUGAAGCUGUGCAAGUGGACAGCACUUCUCUGCCUUUUGGAUGGUGGUGGAGAAGUCAGGAGCUCACCUGCACCAAGGAUUGUUUAUAAUGGGAAGCGAAACAAUGGACCUCGCUCUCCGACUAACACUGCCCCACAGGAGAUUUAUACUCCAGCACAUGAAGAAAAUGUCAGAUUUAUACAUGAAGCUUGGCAGUGUGUGGAACAGGAACUGAGGAGCCAGAUGUCCGGAAACGAACGAGGCCCUGUCCAGUAUGUAGAGAAGAAUCCAAAUCCAAAUCUGAACAAUUUCACACCCGUGGACUUGAGUGAUUUAAAGAAGAGGAGCAUGUCAGAUGCUAAGAAGUCUUAAGGGUUCUGCAUUGGUUGGGUUUGAUCUUUCCUUCAACAUCCUCAGGAGCUUCCUUUUGAAGUUUGUUUUCUUUGAUCUCUGGCUUGGAGAGGAAUCUGGAGCCUACCCACUUUCUUCCACGAGAAUGGAUGUCUUGUCAGUUACCUUUAACUGACCUGAGGAUGCAUGCAGUUGGCAUGUGUUUAAAAAAAAACUUGAGUUUGUAGAUGGUGCUAAUUUUAACUGAUUUAUUUGUCAUCUGUUUCUUCUCCAUUUUUGUCAAGAGCUGUGCUCCAUUUGACAUGUUACGGCCACAAUUCAGACUUCAUGGUGUCCUGAGGAGUACGAGAUGCCCUCGGGGGGGGCAUUGGUUAGAAACCCUUCACACUGGGCACCGAUUAUAAGUUUUGUCCAUCAUUUGUUUGGCAUUGGCUGGCAGUUGUUCAGAUGAUGUUCAGAAAGAUUGUGAUUGGGGUGGGGGCUGGAGACUGGGGCAGGAAGUAGCUUAUUGAGUGAAGCAGAAACCUCCGUGACCAAGAUUUGUUUGUUUAAAAAUGCCGCUUGCAUAGCUAGAGGUUGAGAAUGGAUUUGGUGAAGCAUUCUGUUCGACUUGCACUGAAUGGAGCCAGUACUAACGUGGGGAACGCACAGCCUGUGUUAAAUGGCUAUGCUUAAAGCAGUGAACUGUGUGAUGGGAUCAAAAAUUGUUUUCUGCAGACAGACUAUAAGCUUGAGUCAUUUUAGGUUUGUAUUCCAGAGGUUGCUUUCAAAUGAGUCUUUAACUAUUUUUAAAAUGAAAAG